AUGAAGGAGAAUCCUGACUGCACUGGAGCAAACAGCUGCCUGGAUUCUGGGAUCCACACCUUUGAUUUCCACUUCAGCUUUCCUCCAGAGGUUCCCUCCACAUUCACCAGCAAAGCUGGCUGCAUCUCCUGUUUCAUGCAAGGGAUUUGCUGCAGACACAGCUCUGUGAUCCUUUGCAUCUCCCUGAAGAAAAAUGUAUUUUUCCCUGGUGCAACUAAUGUCUUCACAACAGAUAUUGCCAACAAGACAUGCAAUUACAUUAGAAAGUAUGAGCUGGUAGGAACCUCUAACCUUCCAUGUGCCAUGUCCACCAUCUUUGGCAAGGUGCCUAUCAUCAUAGCAGCCAUACCAGAGCGUUUGUGGAGCAGAGCAUCAUGA